AUGCGGGGCCCACCAAGAAUGUUUACACGGGUUUCUCAAACAACCGAUGCAUACGAAGAGUCUCCCACACUCAAAACUCAAGAGCGGCAGAAGAUAUUGAAGACGACGAAGUUGGAAGCAGCGGGCGAUUUCUCAGGCAAUAAGAUGGCAAAUCCUAUGAUCACCUUUGUGUUCAAUCUUUUUGGUAUUUGGUCUAAAGAUGAAAACAGUGGUGAAAUCCAAUAUGAGGGUUAUGAUUCGUCAGAAAUAGAAGACAUCUUAGGCAAUAUGACUUUUGAACAAAUAAUGUCUGAGUUUGAGUCAUCUGAGGCUUGCUUGAUGUCUAAACCUAGGGCAGUUUAUGCGUAUGAUGAAGAUUACAGAUUAGAUAAAGGCCUAAUUCUCAUUAGGGAUCAAAGGCAUUGUGCGAAGGUUCUGAACUUAGAUGCCAUGGAUAAAAGCCGGCACUGGAAAAUUGUUGGAUGUAGUGCAUUUACCGGGGAAGGGCUGCUCGAAGGGUUCGAUUGGAUGGUUCAAGACAUAGCCUCGAGAAUUUACAUGCUUGAUUAA